CACGAUAAUGACCAAGCAUCCCGAGUGACACUUAGUGACACCAGAGAUAGCGUAAGAAAUAGAUUUCCUGGCGCAUUAUGCUAGCAACGGUGAAAAGUGUCGACUCAGUGGUUUAAUUAUGUGCGUCGUCACGGAAAUUUCGCUGUAAAGGAGAAACUACAAUCAUGUGCGACAACGUGAAGGGAAAUCCAUUCGCUGGACUGUUUUCAUCGGUUAAUGAAGCUAUCUCGUUUUCCUCGCAACAUCAAGCGAACGACGAUGAGAGCAGCAACGCUAAUUACGUGGAACAAUCGUCGGACGUAAUCAAGGAUGAGCCUUACAAUGUGAUGGAGUCAAGAAUCUUAGAUGUUAAAGACAAAAUUGAUCAGCUGAUGGCAGAUGUGUUUGGCUUGGCACUGCACUCAGACAGCAACAAUGUUGUUCAAAAAGCUCUGAUUUUCAUUGAUACCGAUUCGAUUGAACAUGCUGUUUUCGAGCGCUUAAUGCUACCAAAUCCAGCAGCUAAAAUGACAUACAAUCAAUACAACUGCAAAGCUCCUUCUGAUAGUCAUAUCGUUCAAGCACAAGUUAUACCUUAUCUGUAUGAGAGCUACUGCCGUUUAAAGCAAUACAACGCGAAAAGUGGUUUAGAAGAUAUCAUAAGAGAUGCUUGCCAAAUUGUGCUGAGAAAUGCCAACACAGCUUUACAAGAGCCAGAUUUAUUUCAGAGUCAGGAGGUUCAUAAUCAGUUUGUUGCUUUAUUCAUGGAUGAUGCUGUAGCCAAAACAGAAUUGUUCUCAUUUGUCAGUGGCAUAAUAGAAGAAUUAAUAGCAGCAAAUGAAGGAAGCAAUAUAGAUGAUAUAGUUUCAGUAUCAUUUAAACCUAUUCUAUAUAUCAUUCAUAGAGAUGCAGAUGAUUGUAAUCUUUUUACCUUCCGUCAUCAGUGGUUUGCCUUGCUGCACAUGUUUUCCACAAUCGAACUAUUAGCAAAAUUAAUAAUACACUGUAGCAUACCAAAGACAGAACGAGGUAGCUCGUAUGAAGUUAUGUUCCUAGGUGUUUUCUUCAGAAUAAGCUGUUUACCGAUAGCAAAGCGGGCAUAUGGUUUCUUUGAUAAACCUCUGCAGCAAUCAAACAUUGCCAUGGAAGGUAGCAUAUGGACAGCCAUGGAUACUCUGAGCGAACACUUGCACAAGAUUUUCCAUUCCUUGCUAAAAUGUUCGACGGAAACUCGACACUUGACUCUGCAAUGGUUAGGUGAUUGUCUCCACGCAAACAGAAAUAGGGGAAGACUUUGGAACUCUCACAUUGACAUGGGAUUAGCCCCGUUACUGUGCGUUUCCGAUGGUUUCAUGCUAAAUGUCGGCAAUGUUUUGCUGCGUCUUUGUCAACCGUUCUGUGUUAAAUCGAACGACGAUAAAAUACCGAAAAUAGAUCCUACAUACUGCAGUGCUGAGGCAAAAGAUGAAGCUGAUGCUCUGCAACGUGGCAUACAUAUGAAAGGACUGAGCUCGGAGACAUGUCUGAUACCAAUUCCAGAGGGCGAAAGUCGACCAACAGCAGAUUCAUUUGGAUUCAUAACUGAAUGUUUCUUUCUCACGCAUCGUGCAUUAGAUCUUGGCUACAGAGUUAUACUCGACAAGUUUUUAAGGACAAAUCAAGAUUUGGCCAGGAUACAAAGAACCUACAACGACGCUCGAACAGGCGGCAGUUCCGAGGUGCUGGACCUUAUAACGCAACGGAUGGAAAGCGAAAUGACAAAGUACUUAGCGCUCAAAGCGAGCCUCCUAGUGCCAGAAAUGUUGCAACAUCUGGCGAGAUUUCACGCGAUGACGGCAUUCUGGCUGAUACAAGUGAAUAUACAUGACGUGAACGAUGAGGAAGACAAACAAAAUUUCGCGCCGAAGCAAUGCAAGUCUGUUACAUUCCCGCUGUCAGAGGCUGUUCCGACUACACUAAGGUGCAUUCCCGAGUUCGUGGUAGAAAAUACCAUCGAGUUCUUGUGUCUCCUGCGUCGCCUGAAUCCAAACACAUUUGAGGAACAAGGCCCGAGUUUCCUGAAUCCGAUCCUGACAGAGCUUAUAGUUCUGAUGGAGUCUCAGCAUCGUUUGUACAAUCCUCAUCUGCGCGCGCGUUUGGCCGAGGGUUUGGAGGCGCUUUUGCCUAUUAUAGCAACCGAGACCUUAGAGGCAGCGACGCCGAACUUAGGAACAUUCCGCAGGAAGCAACUAUUCGUUACUCACCCACACAGGCAACAAAUAAUUGCGCAUCUGCUGCACGUAUUCGUGAGCAUCGAGAUGACGGGGCAAAGCGUACAAUUCGAGCAAAAGUUCAAUUACCGUCGUCCAAUGUACAUCGUUAUGGACUAUCUGUGGAGAGUUCCCGAACACCGUAAUAAUUUCAUUGUUUUAGCUCAAGAAGCGGAGGACAAUAUGGAGGCAGUCCAACCACCGUUGUUUCUGCGUUUCAUCAAUCUUUUAAUGAACGACGCUGUAUUCCUUUUAGAUGAAGCUCUAUCGAAUAUGGCACAGUUGAGACAGAUGCUUCAAGCGAGGGAAAGCGGAGAAUGGAAUAAGCUGCCACCAAAUGAGCGCGAUCAGCAAGCUGGCUAUCUUCAACACAUUGGUAUGAUCGCUCGCUUCGACAACAUAUUGGGCAAGAAAACCAUACAGGCGAUAAAAAUGCUGACCAGUGAGAUCAAGUCCAUCUUUUGUCAUCCAACCAUGGUGGAUCGUAUCGCUUCUAUGCUCAAUUAUUUACUGUUGCAAUUAGUGGGGCCGAAUAAGAAGAAUCUGAAGGUGAAUGAUCAAAAAGAAUAUGCAUUCAAUCCUGCGAAUUUGGUGCUGAACAUAUGUGAGAUUUACAUCAAUUUAAGUAAAAACGAAAGUUUCACAUUAGCUGUGUCGCAAGACGGACGUUCUUACAGUCCAGAACUUUUCAAACUCGCGGAUAAUGUGCUCAUUCGUAUCGGUGGUGUUGGCAUCUUGGGAGAUUUGAAUCAAUUUGCCAAGAGUGUAGAAAAGGCCGCGAAUCAGAAACGAGAAGAGGAUGAAAUUCUGACAGGUGUUCCUGACGAAUUCCUCGACCCGAUUAUGUCCACUGUUAUGACAGAUCCUGUCAUUCUGCCAUCGUCGCGAAUAACCAUCAAUCGGCAGACUAUAGCAAGACACUUGCUGAGCGAUCAAACUGAUCCUUUCAAUCGAUCACCGCUUACGAUGGACAUGGUGAAGCCGGAUAUAGAACUUCAGCAAAAAAUACAAAAGUGGAUUUCGCAAAAGAAACAAGAAAAAUCGCAAGGAACUAAUUCAUAAUUUAUUGUCAAUUUUAUUACAAUAAUACAAUGUUGUAACUUAAGUAUAUGAUCUCUGAGAGACAGAUUAUAAAAACGAUAAAAUUAGUAACAAUUGUUGUAUUUGUAUUGCUGAGCAAACUUUGGUCUAGAAAUAAUCAUGGAAAUAAUUAUUAUGGUCUAUUAGAUAUAUGUCAAAUAUACAAAAAAUGAUACAUAAAGUAGUUUGCAUUUCACCGCACAACACGUUAUUUUUUACAUGCUUUAUUGAGAUCUUAUUGCUUGGUAUUCGAUUUGUUUAUGAACAGCAAUUUUGUACACAAAUAAUAUAAAUUACAAUACAAUGUAAUUAUGUACAGAAUUAUAAACGAAAAUAGCUGUUAUGGUAAUAACAAUUAUCGGUUGAUACAAUGAAA